GGCCAGGGAAAAGAAGGCUGUGGCGUCUGCAGGGUGACUGCGCUCGGGCGAUGGCCCGGCUUGGGAGGGCAGUGGCGGUUUUGUAUCGUCCUGGCCAGGCCCUGGAGCCCCGAGGGGCUACCCUUCUUUCUACGCCAUCCGACCGUCCAGAAACUGUGGAUAGGUUCUAGCUGUGAUCGAACUUCUCAACUCUCUGAAACCUAGGUUUCCCACCUCAUUCCCCUAGUCAGGCCUCCCGGGCCCCCUGGUGCAUCCGUGGUGGCCUCUUCGCCUGUUUUGUUCUCCUCUCCCCCUCAUGGCCCAGACAUGAGUGGCCCCCUGGAAGGGGCUGAUGGGGGUGGGGAUCCCAGACCGGGGGAGUCCUUCCAUGCGGGAGGGGUCCCAGCCCCAGGGCCUCCUCAGCACCGGCCUUGCCCGGGCCCCAGCCUGGCCGACGACACUGAUGCCAACAGCAAUGGCUCAAGUGGCAACGAGUCCAACGGGCCUGAAUCCCGGGGUGCCUCUCAGCGAAGUUCACACAGCUCUUCCUCCGGCAAUGGCAAGGACUCAGCCCUGCUGGAGACCACGGAGAGCAGCAAGAGCACAAACUCUCAGAGCCCCUCCCCGCCCAGCAGCUCCAUCGCUUACAGCCUCCUGAGCGCCAGCUCAGAGCAGGACAACCCAUCUACCAGUGGCUGCAGCAGUGAGCAGUCAGCGCGGGCGAGGACCCAGAAGGAACUCAUGACUGCACUGCGGGAGCUCAAGCUCCGGCUGCCGCCAGAGCGCCGGGGCAAAGGCCGCUCUGGCACGCUGGCCACGCUGCAGUAUGCGCUGGCUUGCGUGAAGCAGGUGCAGGCCAACCAGGAAUACUACCAGCAGUGGAGCCUGGAGGAAGGGGAGCCCUGUGCCAUGGACAUGUCCACUUACACCUUGGAGGAGCUGGAGCACAUCACGUCAGAGUACACACUUCGUAACCAGGACACCUUCUCGGUGGCAGUCUCCUUCCUGACAGGCCGGAUCGUCUACAUCUCAGAGCAGGCAGCUAUCCUGCUGCGCUGCAAGCGGGAUGUGUUCCGAGGCGCCCGCUUCUCUGAGCUCCUGGCUCCGCAGGAUGUGGGUGUCUUCUAUGGCUCCACUGCCCCAUCCCGCCUGCCCACGUGGGGCGCUGGGGCCUCAGCAGGUUCACGCCUCAAGGACUUCACCCAAGAGAAGUCUGUCUUUUGCCGCAUCAGAGGAGGCCCUGACCGGGACCCAGGACCUCGGUACCAGCCAUUCCGUCUAACUCCCUACGUGACCAAGAUCCGGGUGUCUGAUGGGGCCCCCGCCCAGCCGUGCUGCCUGCUCAUCGCAGAGCGUAUCCACUCGGGUUAUGAAGCUCCCCGGAUCCCUCCGGAUAAGAGGAUCUUUACCACACGCCACACACCCAGCUGCCUCUUCCAGGACGUGGACGAGAGGGCUGCUCCGCUGCUGGGCUACCUGCCCCAAGACCUGCUCGGCGCCCCAGUCCUCCUGUUCCUACACCCAGAGGACCGGCCCCUCAUGCUGGCCAUCCACAAGAAGAUCCUACAGCUGGCAGGCCAGCCCUUUGACCACUCCCCUAUCCGCUUCUGUGCCCGUAAUGGGGAGUAUGUCACCAUGGACACCAGCUGGGCCGGCUUCGUUCACCCCUGGAGCCGUAAGGUGGCCUUUGUAUUGGGUCGCCAUAAAGUACGCACGGCACCCCUGAACGAGGAUGUGUUCACACCCCCGGCCCCCAACCCAGCUCUGUCUUUGGACUCUGAUAUCCACGAGCUGUCUGAGCAGAUCCACCGGUUGCUGCUGCAGCCCGUGCAUAGCUCUAGCCCCACGGGGAUCUGUGGCCUUGGCCCCUUGACGUCCCCAGGCCCUCUCCACAGCCCUGGCUCCUCCAGUGACAGCAACGGGGGUGAUGCAGAGGGGCCUGGCCCUCCGGUUCCAGUGACCUUCCAGCAGAUCUGUAAGGACGUGCAUCUGGUGAAGCACCAGGGACAGCAGCUUUUCAUUGAGUCCCGGGCCCGGCCCCCGCCUCGUCCCCGCCUCCCUGCCACAGGCACAUUCAAGGCCAAGGCCCUUGGCAGCCAAUCCCCAGACCCGGAGCUGGAGGUGGGCCCUGCUCCAGUCCAGGCCCCACUAGCCUUCGUGCCUGAGGAAGCUGAGCGGAAGGAGGCCUCCACUUGCUCCUACCAACAGAUCAACUGCCUGGACAGCAUCCUCAGGUACCUGGAGAGCUGCAACAUCCCCAGCACAACCAAGCGCAAGUGUGCCUCCUCUUCCUCCUGUACUGCCUCAUCGGCCUCCGAUGAUGACAAGCAGAGGACAGGGACGGGUCCAGUCCCCACAGGAGCCAAGAAAGAUCCUGCAGCGGCGGCAGGCGUGCUCUCUGGGGAGGGGGCGACUCCGCGGAAGGAGCCCGUGGUGGGAGGCAGCCUGAACCCGCUCACGCUGGCCAAUAAGGCAGAGAGCGUGGCGUCCGUCACCAGUCAGUGUAGCUUCAGCUCCACCAUCGUCCAUGUGGGAGACAAGAAGCCCCCGGAGUCGGAUAUCAUCAUGGAGGAUCUGCCUGGCCUAGCCCCGGGCCCAGCCCCUAGUCCAGCCCCCAGCCCCACAGUAGCCCCUGACCCAGCUCCAGACGCCUACCGCCCUGUGGGCUUGACCAAGGCCGUGCUGUCCCUGCACACACAGAAGGAAGAGCAAGCCUUUCUCAGUCGCUUCCGGGACCUUGGGCACCUGCGCAGACUCGAUGGCUCUUCCACAACUCCUUCAGCCCCAGGCGAGAGAGGCUGCCAUCAUGGCCCUGCGCCCCCUGGCCGCCGCCACCACUGCCGGUCUAAAGCCAAGCGCUCGCGUCACCACCAGACUGCCCGAGCUGAAGCCCCUUGCUACGUUCCCCACCCCUCACCUGUGCCCCCCUCUGCCACCUGGCCCCCACCACAAGCCACCACCCCCUUCCCUGCAGUGGUCCAGCCCUAUGCUCUCCCUAUGUUCUCCCCUCGGGGAAGUCCCCAGGCUCUGACCCCAGCUUCCACAUCUGUACCCCCUGCCACCUUCCCUGCCCCCCUGGUGACCCCUAUGGUAGCCUUAGUCCUUCCAAACUAUCUGUUCCCUCCUCAGUCCAGCUAUCCCUACGGGGUACCCCAGAGCCCAGCAGAGGGGCCUCCCACCCCUGCCUCCCACUCCCCCUCACCAUCCCUGCCUCCUCUGCCUCCCAGUCCACCACCACACCCAGACUCCCCGCUGUUCCAGUCACGAUGCAGCUCCCCACUCCAGCUGAACCUGCUGCAGCUGGAGGAGCCCCCCCGUGCUGAGGGGGCUGCUGUGGCAGGGGGUCCUGGGAGCAGUGCUGGACCCCCACCUCCCAGCGAGGAGGCAGCUGAGCCAGAGGCCAGAAUGGUGGAGGUGACUGAGUCCUCCAAUCAGGACGCACUUUCAGGCUCCAGCGACCUGCUGGAGCUGCUGCUGCAGGAGGACUCACGCUCGGGUACCGGCUCUGCGGCCUCCGGCUCCCUGGGCUCUGGCCUAGGCUCUGGGUCCGGCUCGGGCUCCCAUGAGGGGGGCAGCACCUCGGCCAGCAUCACCCGCAGCAGUCAGAGCAGCCACACAAGCAAGUACUUUGGCAGUGUCGAGUCUUCGGAGGCCGAGGCCGGGGCUGCACGGGCCGGGGCUGAGCCUGGGGAGCAGGUCAUUAAGUACGUACUCCAGGAUCCCAUUUGGCUGCUCAUGGCCAAUGCUGACCAGCGUGUCAUGAUGACCUACCAGGUGCCCUCCAGGGACAUGGCAUCUGUGCUGAAGCUGGACCGGGAGCGGCUGCGGGCCAUGCAGAAGCAGCAGCCUCGGUUCUCUGAGGAGCAGCGGCGGGAACUAGGGGCUGUGCACUCCUGGGUCCGGAAGGGCCAGCUGCCUCGGGCCCUCGAUGUGAUGGCCUGCGUGGACUGUGGGAGCAGCACCCAAGACCCUGGUCACCCUGAAGACCCUCUCUACUCGGAGCUGGACGGACUGGGGCUGGAGCCCAUGGAGGAGGGUGGAGGCGAGGGGGGUGGUGGCGGUGGUGGGGCUGGGGGUGAUGGUAGUGGUGAGGGGGAGGGUGGCGAGGAGGCCCAGGCCCAGGUGGAGGUCAAGGUCUCAAGCUCCCAGGACCAGGAUGCAGCCAUGGAGGAGGAGGAGCAAGGUGGGAGCUCAUCUGGUCCAGCCUUACAUGCUGAGGAGGAGGAGGAUGGCACCAGCUAGACUCCAAAGGGGGGCCAAACCUGGGCUUUCUCUAGAGACUUUGCUCUGCGUCCUCAUCUCAGAACGCCAAGGUGGCCAGACCAACUCAUAGGAAAUUGCCCCAGCUCCUCCCGCCGGCAGGGGGCUGGACCCCCAUCACCAGCCCAGGAACCAGGGGCUAUCUGCCCAGGCCAGCCCCGAGGGGUGGCAUCUGACCCCCACUUCCCCACCUGGUGAGGAGCGCCUCGCUGCCCUGGCCAAGGUUGCUGACAAGCUGCUCGAAGUGGUCCCUGGGGAGCCCAGUGGGGCCCGGGUCUCAGCCCCGAGGGUCGAGACUAUACUUAUUUAUUGGGGGAGAUGGCUCGCUCUCCCACCUCCUCCCCACAGUGGGCCUAGGAGAGAAGACUGAGGGCCAAGCAGGACCCAGGGUUCAAGCCCUUAGCUGCUCCAGGGUGGGGGGGGGGUUGGUGGACCAUGGCGUCCCUGGUGCUGCCCCUCAGAUGGGACCCAGGCGUUCUCAGCUGUACCCUCUACCAAUGGCAUUUGUGUUUUUGAUAUUGUGUCUGUUAUUAUUAUUUUUUAAAUAUAAAACGGAAAA